CGCCGUUUGAGCCGAGCGUCAUCACAGGGACUCUCGGCGAAUGCGCGGCCGAAUGCGCACAACGCUACUGCACAGCUCUGGUUUCAAGGAACUGGAGAAAAACCCGGAAUUACCGAGAGCUUUUUGGCUUCAAAUCCGUAUACAGGCGGAAGGCGGAACUACGGUGUCCAUCUUAUAUACAGUCUAUGGUUGUACCACCAUGAGGUUCACUGGAUUUAUUUGCUUCCCUCCCAAACAGGUAAGAUCUUGCACUUGUUUUUUGAGUGUCAGCAGCAAGUUUAAGAUGGUCUCGUCAUCAUGAUACUGACAGCUGUUUGUUUUGUCUGUUGGUGUGAGAUGGAGCUAGGCCUCCUGAGAAGCUGCUUCCUCAUGCUACAUUGGGCUUAAGGUCUCCUUCUCCAAGUACAGAGGCUCUGAAAAGGCGGUCUUAACUCCUCUGUCAGGCUGUGCUCUUGAAGCAGUAAGUGCCUGAGAUGAUGUAUGUUGUUGAAGCAGCAGGCUUUGAAAACUGGUGAAAGUAAUUGUUGGGAAGUGGAAAAACUGUCACACUUCUGUGAGAAAUCACACAAAGAGCGAAACACAGGCAGUCCGGUGAUUAGUGCGCUCACAAACAAGCCAAGAACUCAUCCAGGUUGUCUUCAACUGGAGAUGAAACCAGACACAGCGACAGGAUCUGGAGUGAUUUCACAUGAUGAUUGUGGCAUGUGAAGUUGAAAUGAUGAAAAUUAGCUUUGUGAUUCUGGUGAUUCAUGCUCAGUAAUUGAUUUCAAACUGGGGACAGACACUGGAGGUUGUUUUGUGCGUCAAGAACUAAGUGUAAAUGUCCUUGGUGGCGUAUUCAACGUCUCUGUAAGGGGGUUAUGAAACAGACUAAAUUGAAAAUGAUACCUCUUGAUGACUUACAGAAGCAAAUAACAGUCUAAGAAACUGGACUGACUUCUUACUGAGAGUGUUUUUUGUCUGUACCUGCUGUGAGGAGUGAAUCUCCGGCCACAUGAUUGACACAAACAUGAAGAAGUUGGCAAUUUAGAAAAUCUGGAUGAGUUUUUGUCAGACAUCAUCUGCACACAAUUCACUAAAAACUACUCAAUCCCAGUAACAUGGGUGAAUUUAUUUAUCAGUAGUUGCUUUUCAUCCCGGCAUCCAUGUUCCAAUAAAACCACUUUCCUGUAAACUCUUGGCAAUUUCUAAGCUUUUAGAACCUUACUUUUUACUUCCUUGCCAAAAAUGAUGAGAUGAUUUCUGAAGAAAAUUGUUUUGGCUGGGACUUGCUCACCAAAUCUAAAGAUGCUCUGCCAACACAGAGUUUCUUUAGAGUUUGCCAGUGCAGACCAAAGUGACGAUGCCCUAAGCAGAACAUUUUCUGGGCUGUGUUUGCAAAAAGGCAGUGCCCUAUAAACGAAUAAUGCUUUUUUUGUCAGAGCUAUAAGAUUUGAAGCACUUUUGAAAACCGCGGUGGUUCCAACAGACAUUUUUUAGCAACUAUGAGAAUCAAGUUUGUCUGCUUUGGCAAAAGGCGAAUGAAUAGAAUAAAACGGGAACAUUUAAAGUUUAAAAUUUGAGAUAUUUUCGCUCACAUAUUGAACUGUAUAAUUGUUAUCACACCAGCAACAGGGCUGACUUUUCACUUCAAAGUCUGUGACGCGCCACUUUUUCGUCACUUUGAAGGAUAACUCGUAUCAGACUGUGAAGGACAGUAUGAGGGUUAUAUGUCUGAGUUUGAAGGCUGCAGACUAACUCUGUACUUUGGCCUCUGUCUCUUGUGUUUCUCUGAGAAAGUUGGUCCAUUAAGUCAGGUGUUUUUCAUAGUGAUACCCCCUGAGCGCUUUAUCAUUCACUUUCUGCAAUGCACUUGUUGCAAAUGAGGCAUUUGGAGUUGGCAGCAAAACAGUACUUUGCAGUCCAGCUGGGGUUUUACUGCUGGCCUUUGCAGUUUAAUUCUAACUUUCCCCCAAGUUUGAGUCAAGUCAGAGUCACCAGAGAGGAAUUAAAGUCGAGUCCAACUCAAGACUUCAUUACUGAUGACCAGCUCUGGCUCAGUCCUCAACGUGAAUUGUAUUAUUUACAACAAACUAUUGACUUUAUGAGCCUGGACUGUCUGUACCAACCUGAACUUACUGUCUGUCUUAUUCAUAAAUAUCAGAUUCUAACAAAUCUCCAUUGCAUGUCUGGAGAUGUCACAGUGUUGGGUAUUGUAAAUGUACUACUCUUAACAAUGGGGCGUAUGUAUCACAUAUGCUACGAUGGGAUCACUGCAGGCACCUUGCAUUUUCAAAUAUAUUUGCAGCCCAACAAAGUAACUGUAGGUUUGUCUUUCAGAGAUGUUGUCCUCGAUAUUUAUGUUUGCUGCAGUCUUUCCAUGGUACUGCUGUGGGUUGUCUAUAUCUGUCUUCUAGCAGUUAAAAAUGAGUUUUUUAAGGUCACAUGAGAGGAGGUAGGCUUUUUGAGAGUUUUGCGCACACUUUGUUAGAGAGGUGUGAUUUUUAGGGCUGAAAUUAGCUGUGGUUAGAAGUUGUAUCCAUCACCAUUUUCCUCUUUUGUUAACAAAAGGUUUGAGUGUGUGUGCAGCAGCAAAGAAAACACAUUCGAGCAAGCAUUACAAUUACACACAAUUAUCUCAUGUGUUGUCAAAUUGAGUUCAAGCUCAAAAUAAACCGAAGGAUCCUUCUCAGUAGUCAGGAAGGUAGAAAUACAGCUGAAUGUUCAGCAGCUACGUGGUUUUCAGUGAUUUUCUCUGCUGUCCUGAUAAUCCAUUACAGUCUGAUCCUGUCCUGUUUGGAGCUGGACCUUGAUGGAGUCUAUGAGGGAGGUCCGCUUCAGGUCCCUGGAGAUAGUGGAUCCCAAGGACUGGAAUGAGUCCGCAGUAGAGCUGGAGAGCACUAUGUGUUUUGUACUGUACAGGUAGAGUUGAAAUGUUGAUAAAAUUGGCUUUGUAAUUCUGGUGAUUCGUGGACCAUUGAACUAAAACUAGAGAGACACUGGAGAUCGUUUUCUGCUUUAUCAAGAGUGUCAAGAACUAACUGCUGGGCCUGAAGCCCGUGCAGCAGACAGGUGAGAGCCCAUUUAAAACCAGUGAUAGUAGCACCGGAAACCACAAACACACAAAGCCAAAAAGCCAGUGAACAAAAAUACACCUCCCACAGCACCAAUGGAACAGGGAGUACAUAUCUUUGUAACAUGUUGGUUUUCUAAGGUCAAGAUAUUAGCAUUUCGGGGGCAUGGCUGACAUGACUGACAGAAGACACACUGUAAAUACUUGUGAGGAGGCUAAAGGUCAGUCUCUGGUCCAAAAGCUACCUUUGUUUAUUAUACAGACUAUACAGUAGGGGCAUGCAAUCUGACAAUCUUAGAUCGGAAUUCGCUUCCUCUUUACCUCCACUAUACUUGGUGUGUAUCUUCUCAGGCUGGCUGACACACACUCCCCUCCCCUUUAGUCCUCAGUAAACUUCCAAUCACUGUUUAGUAUGCAAAUGAGCCAGCAAGUAGCCAGACUAUGGUGUAAGGUUUCAGCUUUAAGAUUUAAAAGGAGCAGCCGAAUUCGUCUUUGUGACUCGUGAGAAAAAAUAAAGGUAUGCCUAUCUUAAAAGAGAGAGGAGUGAGAAAAAUGAGAGAGGAGUGGAGAGAGAGGAGAUUUUUGACCAAAAACAAAAGAACCAGCCAAAAAAAGAAAGGAAAAGAAAAUACUCCAUAUCAUAAAUGUUAUGCUGUUCGUUGUGAAAAUAAUAAUACUUCUAUUUUUCAGCCCCCCUCAAAAAAAUCUUUGAUAAAAUCUUGAUCGUGAUUUUGCAAAAUAAAAGAUAAUUUUUUUCCCAUAUCGCCCACCCCUACAGUCUGCUUCCCUGUCGUAACAGUCUUGACAUUUUAAAUCAGAUUCAAACAUCUCGGCUUACAGUCUGAUAGUAUUGCUGGAGGCCUCAGCUUUAGAUCUUUAUCAGUCUCUAAACUAACAAAACUUCUCCAACUUUUCCAAUCUGGAUUUCUAAUGAGUCGCCACUGGGGUAUAUGUUGUAGACAGUCUUUGAUUUGAAUGCAGUCAUGGUAUCAUCUGAUGGUGAUUGAGCUCUUUAUUCAGUCUCAUUUGUCAACUUGUUUCUGAUCUAACUGUCUUUUUAGAUUAGGACACAAACCUGGAGGUGCCAUUGAAAGAAGAGGAGUCCCGUUUUAGUCAAAUCCUCCAGAAAACAGAAACAUCUUAACAACAAGGUCACUAACUUCAACUCCUGACCCCUCAUUUAUCUCCACACAUACGAGAGCACAUAGAAGCUAAGAGGCCGGGCGUAGAUUUAUUACUGACCUUUUCUUAAACCACACAUAGAUGCUGAUGCGUGGAUGCAGCUUUCAUAUAAAGGUUUAUGAAUCCACUGUGAUUCCUUCCUAUGCAAAAAUGACAUUUAGUCUUUGUCUUUCAGGCGCCUUCGCAGAAUCAGUGAUAUUUUACUGAUGCAAUAUUUUGAAAAAUAUUUUCCUGUCAUUUGCAGCUGCUCCUGAGUAAUUUUCUCACUCAGGACCUCUUUUAUCUUGUAUUGAUUUUUGCGAUGGAUCAAAAUUUGAGUGUAUCUCGUAUUAAAGAGAAUUCUUUUCUCAGUUCUCUGAACCUACAUCAGAAUAAAACUGUUUUAUAUUCAUCUAGCUGAGCUCAUAUUGACCUUUUUAUUAACAGGGCUGGUAACAAGCGAAGGAGAAUUGCACUCAUCAAAUAUUGUGUUAAAAUUUAAAUACAAGGUGCCUGUGAGUGUCAAUCAGUCUGGUCUGCUCUUCUCUGCUUUGUCUGAUUAAGCAGGAAAAGAAUAAAAAUGGAUUUUGGAAAAUGAGUGUGGAAGAGAAGGUUUUGUUUUGCACCUCAGUCUUCUUUCUUCUUCUUCUUCUUUUUUUUUGUUCGUUUUUUCAAGGAAUGCAAAUUUUGCUCAGAUGUUGCAACCCUCCUUCUGCCUGUUAAACCUCCAUCUGAAGUGCCUCCCUCUUUGAUACGCUGCAGACCAACUCGCAAUCAGGUGCAGGAGUGCCUUUUAGUGGCCGUGUUUGGAAGUGCACUGUCAGUUGAAGCUCCCUCAUAAAAUGAUAUAAAUAUCAAUAGUUAAGGGGACAUGGAUGCACAAUAAAUUUAGUGUCAUAUUCAUAUAUUUAUUGAGUGUUUAUUUACUCCUACUGCUUGUCCUGAAAUCCACACAUGUAAACAUGACACUGAAUUUACUGCACUUAGUUCCCUGAAAAGCCAGAGCAAAAGAAACAAGACCAAGGAUCAUUUAGAGGGAAAAAAUAAAACAUAAAUUUAAUAAAAGACCAAAAAUUUCCUUUAAUUCAACAAUAAAUCAGAGAGGAGGAGCGCCUACAAGUACUAGUGGAACAUUUAAUAAGGCUCUUAAUGAGGGUGGUGCCUCUGACAGCAUAAAAAUGUAAUAAUUUGUUUAAUUAUAUAUUAGCUAGUACUAUUCGCCAUUAAUCAUUACCUGCUAACUAUUAUUCAAUUUAUCCUGGAAAUCCUGAAAAACCUGGAAAGCAGUUGAGCAAUUUUCUAGUCAUGAAAAACACCAUCAGGAUCUGUGGGUUACUUUCAGUUUGUGUGGAUUUUAGCGCCCCCUGUGGACAAAUUGGCACCUCUUUCUAUAUAUGUUUUAAAUCUUGUACCAUACUUGUGCAAAUAGAUUAUCCAUUGAAAUAUAUCAUUCUUGUUCCUGUGCACAGUGAAUGUAUGGCUCUUGUGUGUCACUAGAAUUAGUUUCAGCCUGAUUAAUUCCCAUCUAAUAGCUCCUCAUAUUAACUUUUAGUGUUAGUAAUCACACCGUCCACUCAUUAUAUCUAUAUUGUGAGAAUACUUACAAUAAAACCACAGUAGCACAUCUUAAAAUAGCAUAUUAUUGGAGUAUAAUGUGUAAACAAAUGCUAGUUUCUCAUAAUUCAUGUCUAUCCCAGCCUACAAAUGAUGGAUAAACCAUCAAGUGUCCAACAGUCGAUCUUUCAUUUUUUCAUUAUGUGAUUGGUAGCUCUCACAACCCCCACUCACAAAGCAGACCCUCUCUAAGAUAAUUACCCACUCUGUAAGUGAUUGUAAUUUGAGCGGACCAUUACUAAUUGGUGUCACUGGACGCAAAGAUUUUCCUAACCUUGUUGUACGUAACGAUUUUGUAAGAUCCAGCCUGUUAUUAUUGACAUUUUACACAAUAAACCCGAAUCCUGAAUAUGAACUUAAUGGAUCCUAUCAACCCCGUCCUCCAGACCAAGGUGAAUUAAUCAAAGCAGACUUGAUUUAUACAUCCCGCCCCUUCCUCUCUUCUUCUUCUUCCUCCUCUCUCUCUCUGUUUCUGGUGCUCUCUCACAUGGAGGCAGCUGGGGAUUCAUUUGUCUUGCUGAUUAAUGAUGAGAACCAUAUCCUCCACAACAGCAGUAAAUUAAAAGAGAUUGGGGACAGAGAGAAAGAACAUCAAGGUCCAUUCAUCCCAAUCAAAUUUCACAGUAGGUCCAAUUCAUUCUGAGCUUUAUUUGUAUUGUGUGCUAUACAAACACAGAAAAACACUCGUCAUUCACUUUCUCCUCCCAGGCCCUCGCUGGCGGUCUGGGGAUUUUUUGGCUGGCAACUUUCCAGGUGCACACUCAUUUUUUCACCCUUCAGGCUACAACCAUCCCCACUGCUGCACCGCCAUGACAGCAGCAUGUCUAUUUCAGAUAAUGGUAAUUGUUCGCCAGUGGAAGCCAUGGUUUUCUGUUUGCACCGUUGGCUCCAUGUAGUAUAUGAAGUUAAAAUAGUCUCUAUGUCACCUGUACAGAAAUAUGUUUCGAGUAUUGACUGUAUGCAGACAGCGUGUCUUUGUUUACACCUUCAGUGAGAGGUGUGAGCCCAAAUACCACCUCCAUGGAUGCUCUCAUGUCUGUGAUAGUGGGGCCCAGGCAUGUGCAGAUAAUGGCUUUAACCAACUAAAAUACCAAAGUCUUGCAGCGUGUUUGCAACACUGACUGCAAAUGUUGUUGACAGGGCUGCUGCUGUUAUAACAAAUAGGAAAACAUUGCUGAUGCACUGCAAGUCGAAGUUUUUUUGCUAAUUUAUCCAUACGUGGGACAACUCAUCCUAACAUGUGUCCAGUGUUCAGCUAGUCUGACUUAUCAUACUGACAGGUAGGCUAGCUGUCAUUACGUUAUAACAGCAAGAGGACAUUUAAUUUUUGUUCUUUUUUGAAAACAAAAAAACCUGCAAAAGUGCAGAUCACUGGUAUUUAGGUAAUCCUUAAAUACAGGCCAGGUCUUGCAUUUGCUUUUACUGUGAAAGGUAAUGGGCCUUUAUAUGAAGCAGGCUUGUAAUUGAGGCAGGCUUUUAUAUCAUAUUCACUCCAUCUGAAUAUCACAAUUGUUGAUAUUUUCACGGCUUUUGUGCAAAUCGUACCUCUUUUUAUGCAAAUGGGCCUCAUCUAAAAUCAUAAAAAAACGCGCCAUGUGGAGUUAAGGUGACAUUUUCACCAACUGCGCUUAAAUAUUUGCAUAUUUUCACCCUUAACUCGCUAUUGAUCAAGACAACUGUUUCCCUCUGAAUGAUAAAUCUAUACAUAGAUAUUUUUAAAAUAAUAAUAAUCAGGAGUUACAUCAGUCAGGGGCUCUCUGAAGCUUAAACCCACCAAAUACUAGCUGUGCCAUUGUGCACAACAGAUGAGAUAUGUGUAUAUUAAUAUUCAUAUACUUUUUAACAGAACUAGUUGCUUUUUGCUGCUUAUAAACUGAAGUUUUUCACAUCUAUCAUAAAUCGACUCCACCGUAGAUUGGUAAGGACUUUCCCUCUCCUUUCAGCUUAUCAUAAACUGUAUAAAGAUACAGUUUGGCAGCGUCAGGAUGGGACCCCACAGUGCGGGUCUGAGCAGCUGAGAGUGGAGAUGCUGACAGCGGUAAUCUAAGCUGUAAUACAAUGAAAACUGAAGCAAAUACAGACAGGGGUGGCCUGUGGUUUAGUUCGCUCCAGAUCGGGUUUUGAGUUUGAUUCAACAGGAUGUGAUGUUGGUGCAUAAUCAUUAGGAUUUAUCGACACCCAUGAUGGUUUGAAAUGGUUCAACUUUCGUGUCAGAUUAGGCUUUCAACCCAGUACAAGUGUGACGUUGAUACUUCAUCCAGUGGGCUAACACCUGGUGACCGAUAAGGUUAAACACUCCCGUGGUGCAGCGUCAGUAUGAAUCAGUAUCAGUAUUACACUGUUGUUAUAUUGAACCUCAUUGAAUUAGCUGCUGAUAGAGUCCCUACUAGUCAGUAGCAUGCUGACGUUUGCUCACAGGCGUGUUUGUGAAUGGGAUCAAUCAGACAUAAUCUAUAUAAGCAGGUUACAUGUCUCAACUCUUUCUGAUGUGUCUGUGUUGUCUUUGCAGCCAGAGGUCGGCUAACGUUUCCUGGCAGGUUUUGUUUUCUUUCCCUGCUGUAUAAUAUUACCGUAGCUGUUGGGAUAAAGCACUUCCCCCACAUUAGGAAUCAAUAAUGUUUCAUCUUAUUGCAUUUGUCGGAUGUACUGACAGCUCUGUUCUCAGCAGGACCGUGCAGUGAGUGGAGAAUAUUGCAGAUUGUUCAGGGACACAAUCAGGCUGUAAAUUGUUCAUGUAUCCCCACAGUGUUUGGCAGGUUCCCAAAAGGAAUUAAACAUCUGAAGUGACUGGGGUCCAAAGGAAAAGGGGGAAGGAGUUCUGGGAAGCACUCAGGUCACAAAUCUACCUAAUUAAUGCUGCCUCACUGUGCCGUUAGUUUCUUUCUGCUGUCCUGUGAUGUUUUUGUUUCUGCCGGGUUUCACCUGCUGCUGGAGCUUCAUUUUUGGAUGAGAUGAGGAGUUAGAGGAGGGAGGUGACAGUUUAAAAACGUGCGCUGCUGCAGGAAUGAUAAUUAAAGUGUUUUUGAGAUUAGUGACCCACUGAAGUCCACAUUAAGUUUUAUGAAAUACGCGGUAAUUAAGAGAAGCAGGGAUGUGCACGGCAAUGAAUCAGCAGGAACAGACUCAAAAAAACGGGAUGAAGGUUUGGCCUUUUUACCAGUGAUGUAAAAGUGGGUGUCUGUUUGUGAGUGACGGGGUGAGGGUCCCCUAACAGGUGGCCAAGUCUUGCAGCGUUUCAGCAAUUCAGUCAUCUUUUUUAAUUAAAUAAAACUCACCAAAAUCACACAAAAUCGAGUAUAAGUUGGGCCCAGAAAUGAAAAGGAGGUUGUUUGCCACAUGGAGUCAAAGCUGAAAGACAUUUCAUCGAUUCUACUGCUUCAAAAAUCAGCCGUUGAAGAUGAUCUACUAGUUAAGAUAAAUCUUGUGUCCGUAAACGAUAAAACACUUUUACUUACAAACUAGGCUUGUGCAGGAUAUCUGGUCCUGCUAAAUGUCUUUAUCCCUCUGUGCCUUUUUAAAAAGUUGUGUAAUGAUGGUUUGAUAUUUUAAUUAGUAAGUAUUUUAAAACUUAGGAUAAUUGGAAAUACUCUCGCGUGUAGUUUGCCACUCACUUUGUGAAUGUUUCCCUUUAGCUGGAAAGCCAAACAGCCCUUGAACUCCUCUGACCCUUUUCAAACAUUUAUCCAGUAUGCCGGAGGAGUACACUGUUGAAAAAUUUAUCAGCAAAAUGUUCAUUAAACUGCAUAAUAAAGACACUUUUCUGUAGUGUAGGACCCAGGCUCACCUCUCUGUUUCUUUGUUUGGAUGUUGAUUUGAACCCCCAGCUCCAGCUCCUCUUUGUGGUUUUUUUAGGCGAAAGAGAUGUCAAGGAGACAGAAAAGGGAACAUUUUACUUUAGAAGCUCAGAAAAAAAAAAAAAAGAAAGGCUGCCCUUUUCAGCUCUGGCCACAGGAAGUACUUCAAGUUUGGAGGGCUUUUCUGCUGUACUUCCUGCUAACAAAGGGUCUCUGAGAAAAGGAAGCAGAUUCAUUGUCAAGAAUACCACGGUUUGGCCAUCAAGGAUGCACUGAUGCUUUUACUGACAGCCCAGCGCCUUUUACUGAGUAUAAAUGAAGAUAAAUAUGGUUUCUGUCUUGAAGGCAGCAAGAAGUUCUGUAAGUUGUGCUCGUGUUCAGAUAAGUUUGACAGAAACGUUACACAAUGCAGCCACUCUUGAUAAGAUAUUUAAGCAUGACAUGUAAUACAUUGUAUUCUGUUGUAUGAUACUGUUAGGAUGCGUUUCUUUAGCCAGUCAUAUUCGCCUUUAGAGUGUUGGAGCUGUGUCACUCAAACACCGUAGAUACUUUGGUGUUAGAUUGCUGGAGCAGGGGGCGUCCGACAACCAUCCUCGACCAAAGAACCCUGUACACAUUAUUUACAUCAUAUAGGUCCCCAAAAUAUGUUCUGCCAUGGUAUUUCCUUCUUUGGACCCCCCACAUGUUCACCUAAGGCGUCUUAAAAUAUGUUGUCCUUUGUUCUUACCGUACAUGGAUUUCUCUUAGGGUCAACUAAAUAUCAACAGUAUGUUUGGAGUUGUGGACCGCUAUAUAUACUUGAACAGUCUCAGACCUCUUCUUGUUACACAUGUGGCAUGUUGAAGCUGUAACCCAGAUCUGCAACCAGUAAAGUUUGUCAAACUGACCAUUCGUGUGGACCUUCCAUUCUUUCAAGUGUGAACCUGGGCUGGGUAACCUUACAGAUACUUAUUACAAUGGUGGGUAUACAGUAAGUACAGUUAUAACUAGACUGGCGCCUAUUGUUGCAAACAGAUAGUUUCCAUUAUUUCCCAACUGUGAUUGGUAGAAAUCCCAUAACAAUACACUGACAACUUGACUCUAGGGUAUGGUGACCAUAUUUUGAUUACUGAAAACCAGGACAUUUGGCCUUGCAAUGAGAUACUGUAAGAUGCCUUAUAAUUUCUAAAUACCACCUAUAACCAAAGACAUAAAUUCAGAAAGUCUUCUAAGGGGUUACUCAACAUGUUUUAUUAUGACCAGUUUUAACAAUAACAAAUGAAAUAAUGAUGGAAAUAAUGUCUCUUCUGUAUUAGAGAAAGAAUUAAGUAAAAAAAAUACCUCUGCUAUUGUAGCAAUCCGACUUUAGCAAAAAUAACUCUCAGAAACUUACAAAAACUAACAAGAAAAAUAUGUCUCUUUAGUUUCACUUUUCAACCAAGUGACUCAAUGAAAAACUUAUUAGGAAACAACCAGGAUGGACGUGAUGUGAAAACAGGACAUGUCCUGGGAAAACAGGACGUUUGGUCACCCUACUUUAACCUGAUCUGUCAUAUCAUAUUGGAUCAGUUGGUGGAAGGGAGUCUUUCUCAUUUUACACCUGCCUGUUGACACUGUGGCCAAAUAUUGGUGUUCGUUAGCGGUCUACAUUCUCAGUUUCAUAAAAAUGAGGAUGCUGUGAUAAAACAUAACUUCAGAGUCUGCCAUCGUUAAAAGAAAACUGCUGCAAAGACAACACUGAAUGAUUCGACUGUCUCUGUUCUAUGAAAAUAUGUGGUCAGUUUGAACUUCCUACUAGCAGCACAUUGAUAAAGUGUCGAGACGACUGGUUGCAUUGCCUCUUAAAACAUUUUGUCAAACUUUGGGAACUGAGGAGACCACUUCUCCUUUAUCGUGUUUCCUCGUGUCGUGAUGCUCAAAUGGUUUUGUUGCAUCAUAAGUCGGGACUACAGGCAAGCCACUUAAGCCCACUCACUUCCUAUGAAUGUUUGUUGUUCACAGUGCUGCAGCCCUCUCAUCUUAUGUCGUGUUCACACCAAACCAAUUUAUGAUUUAUUUAUGACUUCUGUGAGUAAUUUGGCCCGUUAGGAUGAAACCUCCCACGGGAACUUUAGAGGGUGGACACUGUUCUGAUUUUCAGGCUGAGCCCACUGUUUUCUGAUUUGCCACCUCUCUGGAAACCUCUUCCACUGUUGCCAGGCUUCAAAGUCAUUGAGUACAUGGGUGUUCAAAUGACAGAUAAUGGGAUAAAACCAUUAGCAUCGGACCCUGAAUUCAACUCGGUGAAGCUAGAAAGGGAACCAUGGCGAAGAACAGAGCAGGGUGUCUCUGUUUAGUUAUUUGUUGACCUCACAAUUAGAAACUCAGUCCACGUUUGGCAUUGACCACCAACAUUUUAGUUUCAAAACAGCAUUUUGUCACUUCUUUGAAAUGUUGUGAUGCAUCUGAAGUGUUUCGUAAGAUUAAACUGCCCAUAAUGCACCCUUGAGAAGACCAUAUUAUGAAACAAAACCAUGUCUCUUGGUUGUCCAUGUUGUAACCAUAUAUUUCAGCCAACUUUAAACCCAAUUUCAUCAUUGAAAUCCUGGUAAGUGCUCACUGGGGAACUCAUCAAACUUCCUUGUGACUCUGCUCCCAUAUCUCAGUAAGGUUUGAUUUUGUAUUUCUGAAAGGAGAUGUGAAAUUGUUCAAAACCAGCCUUGUGUGUCAGUCUGGUCCACUGCCUUUAUUGCACUCGCUGUCAGACAAUCUCCUUUUUUCUGGCCCUGCUGCCUGUCCUCUGUCCUUUAACUUUGACAUUGUGCUCAUUUCAUUUAAUUUCUUGGACAUACUCUCGUCGGAGCAACUGGUGCGAGCAACUGGUGUCUGGCUCUUGUUGCCACAGUAAUAUACCAUCAACCCUCACUAUGAGUAGAAAUGUAGUGACUCAUUAUCAGAUGUGUUCCUCAUUUGGUAUCUGCUUCAAACUCCCUGUCGCAGCCAGAACCACUAAUGCCACAGAUGAUGGCGCAGCAGUCAAAGCUCAGCAGUACAACAACAGGGUGUUAGGGUUGUAUGCUCUAUAAACAUUGGCUUCUUUCUACGCACAGAACACACACAUGGAAACACUGCCGCUGCCUCCAGCAUGUGCUAUUUUGCCAACUGCAACCCUGGGCAAGAUAAUAAGAUGGCUAGCAGACAUUUUGUCAAUAUUUCUGUCUUGGCUCAAAGUACGCCUGGCCGGCUGCUCACUGAUAGAUGCGUUGACUGAAUUUGCUUUUUAUUUUUUACACAGGAGCUCUGGCCUGCUCCACCAGCCUGCAAGAGAGCAAGCAGAGGCGAGUGCACAGGGAGGAGAGAGGGGUUCGCUAAUGCAAAGCAGUUCAUUAAAUCUAAGCACAAAGCAUCUAUCAGGAGGGAGGGAAGCAGCUAAUCAGUGCCUGUGGGUAGUCCAGCAAUAUGUAAAAAGAAAAUGGUGCACUCCUCUGCUGUGAUCUUGUCUGGGGAGCUGCAGAGUUAGUAGAUGCUAAGAAGGCAGUGCAGAUGAUUGAUUUUCCAGAAGGAUGCUUUGAGACUCUCUUGCUCUUGGUCCCUGCCAUCUGAUUAACAUACACGGCAUUAUUCAUUUCAUGAAUAUACAAGGAGGCCAGGAACAAAUAAAUACUGACAUGCAUCCAGGAGCUGAUAAAUAUUAAAUGGAGCACACAUGGCUUCAGAUUUUACCAUUUCAUAAUUUGAGCAUUCGUGCUGUGAGGGCCCCAAGCCAAGGUCUAGUGUUGGGUUUGAACGCACUGAGCAGCCAUGUGUGGAGACCAAAAGUUCUUCACAAACAUCAUAUUUGUGCCUUGGAAGGUUGUCAUGAAUAUAAUUGUCAGGUUAGAGUGGAAGCAGUUCGUGAGUCUGAAAUUGAAAGUGUGGCUCAUGUGUUCUCAUAUGUUGCUGUGACUCAUGUAGAUUACUGAGCUUUCACAUCAAUACUUCCAAAUAAAACAUAAUAUUGUCAUUUCAUAAAGAGAAACACAACUUUAUUGCAUGGCAACAGCAAAGGAGGCUUGCAGAAUGCUGGGUUUUGAGUGCUGGGGUGGUCAGUGGGAUAGUGGCUUAAAUGAAGCGUCUUAAACAGAAUCUGACAUGAACCUUGACGGCAGCUCGAAAUAUGUAGAGUUUGUUUUUAAACUGUAAAUCUGCUAAGAGGCUAUCAGAGGGAAAAUAUAAGAGUAAAGAGACUCAUAUUUAAACCCUGAGUUAUUCAGCAAACUUUCACAAAAUUUAAUUUGAUAAAGUUUCAUAUAGUGAAGAGGGAAUUUGUGAUGUUGAAAAUUUAAUAUAUCAGUGUUUUCUAUGACAUGGCUUUGUAAGAAACACAUGUUAAGCCAAAGUUUUAACUAAGUUUUUAGUUAUUAACUUCUAAGUCUUAACUUUUUUUGUUUUAUUAUUAUUAUUAUUAUUAUUAUUAUUAUUAUUAAUAAUAAUAAUAAUAAUAAUAAUAAUAAUAAUAAUAAUAAUAAUAAUAAUAAUAAUGAUAAUAUUAUUGUUAUUGUUAUAACAAUAUUAACAACAAAUAUAACAAUAAUAACAACAAUAACAAUUACAAUAACAACAAUAAUAAUAACAAUAACAAUAGGAACAAUAACAAAAACAAUAACAACAAUAAUAAUAACAAAAAUAUAGAAAUAUACCUUUUGAUAUGCUUUGAGUUUUACACAUACAGCUAUUCUGGUUGAUUUUUUUUUUUAAACAGAAAGCAGCAGCAAUGUAUAUGUAAUUACCCCCUGCAUUAACUGGAGCAUUAAAUCACAGUCACCCAUGCUCUGGCCUCGCUCAACAUGUGUUUUGUAACCUCAGUUUAAAUUAUACUGUACUUAAUCCUUUAUUAAAUGAAACAACCAUCUGUACUGGCUUUAUCUGUGUAUUUAUGUCAGUCGCAGAGUGAUUUUUAACUGGCUGCUGGUGGUGACUGCCUGGCAGUACUCAUAACUAAAACCAAAAUCAAACUUGUCAGUGAUCUUGACCACAAUCUCACCUCAACGUAAGAACUCUGAAUGCAAACAUUAUUUUGUCAACUUUUGACACAGUCUGGAGCUGCACACUCUUUCCACUUGACAAGACAGCUUUGUGCUAAAUCAGCAAAAUUAUCCAUCCAUCCCUCCAUCUUUUGGGCGAAGUUUUGGAAUUUACCCCCAUGGGACUAUUAAAGGAGCAUCUUAUCUCAUCUUCUACCGCUUAUCUGGAGUCGGGUCACAGGGGCAGCAGCCUAAGCAGGGAAGCCCAGUUUUACCUCCUCCCGGCCACUUUGUCUAGCUUUUAACAGGGGACCCCGAGGUGUUCUCUGGCCAGCUGGGAACGUUAUAUCCAAUUCAUAUGGAAUCAACUUCUAAAUAAAUUGGUUAAUAAGUCCUCCUAGUCCAGUUGAUUGUCUUGUAUAUUUGGACAUAAGGAUGAGAGUGGACAGUACAGAUAACUGCACAGCAAGAACAAACAAACAGAGCAUUACUAUCACUAUUCUAUUAGCAAUACUAGCAUGGUAACUCACUGAAGAAACUCUAAACACAAAGUUUGGUCACCAAUCAAGAAUCAUAAAUUUAUCCUGACACGACCAAAAGUUUCUGAUAAACAGUUUCUUUAACAAAUGCACCAGAUGUCCUUCUCUUCCCGGUGUUAAAAGAGAAAAAAACAUCUCCACAAGCCCCACGAGAAGCUUAAUUUACGAGGGAAUCCAAAUUUGUUAAACGCCUGAACGCUUGAUCAAUGAAUAACUUCCAGAUUUGUUUUAGACACUGUGUGUUUUUCAUGGCAGAAGUAAUGAUUAAAGCUAUGUUCCUUACAGCUUUGGCACACACACAUACUACACAAACGUAUAUACAGAGCAUUUAUAAGCCUGUUGGCAGAGAAUCCAGCUGAGUCUCUGACAUACACACGGAUAAUGUCCCCAUUCAUUAUUCCUGUUUCUUAAAUCCUCCUCCCACGCAGCUGGUAGUCUAACAUUUGGUAGUAACAUCCCCCAGCUUCAGUCACAAGCAAAGAGAAAGAGACAAGAAAGACAAACGCCGCCAAUGUGUUUCAUUGUUUGAAAUACGCCUUUUAUUUAUCAAGAAGGUGUAUCAAAUUACCGUCAUUAAAGGUAAUCAAGGAAACACUUGUGUAAUGUUUCUACCUUAGAAAAUUUGCAGGCACAUGUGAAGAUAAUUGGAUCAGUUUUGCGCCCGAUUCCUCCUUUUAGACCAAAGCUGAUCUGUAGAGCAAAGGUCCAGAUUUCAUAGAAAGCAGAGAGUUAGAUGGAUGUAAGAAUUAAGACCAACUUAAAGGGAAGCAGACAGAGUGACAGCUGAUUGAAGUUGAACAGGAUUUAUCUUCAUGGAUGCAGCAAAAUGGUGAGAUUGACAACCACCCUUUUGCUUGUCAAGUUUGUUUCCCAACUUUGUACCAAGAAUUGGACCCAAAUUCAAGACUCCAGAGGUUGAUAGGCGAAGUUUGGUACCAAGGAAGGCAGUCAAAGGUAUCCAAAAACCAUGAGGCAAAACACUGAGUCACAAAAUACUACAACGCAGAGACAUGAGACGUUUUCUCUAAAAACAUGUUGGAGAUUUCCAUUCCUGAGAAGGUGAAUGGAAUCUUUUAAUACAUCCCACUGAGCAAUAGACGGCUAUUAAACAUCUAGUUUACUUUGAGACCGAAUUACAACCAUCUAGAUUCUGUAUAUUUUUAGACAGAAUUUAGACAUUGCACUUUAACCCAUUAUUCGAGGAUCGAUAAUUCGGUAUUUAUUUUGAAAAGCAGCUGUGAGUUGCAUAACUGAUCUCCAAGUACUUAACCAAAAUAUUUAUGAUAGCCAUUGAGCAAUAUACAGUGUAGUAUAGAUAUUGCUCAGAUUUAGAUUUAGUCUAAACUUGGUCUGAAUUUAGAUGUCUAAAUAACUUUUUUUUUAAACCUGUGGUAGCCUGAUUUUAGACCAGUCGUCGAGGCUACAUUUAGAUGUCUAUUAAACCUCUUUUAGACCAAAGAAAUGCUCAAUAGGAUGGAUUUAUGGUGCAAAGUAGACUAAUAUCUAAAAGUAAUGUGCAUGUUAAGUGCAUACUGUCCUGUCUGUUCUGAGCAGGUGUAAGUAGGCUAAAGAGGUUAUUGGAAGCUGCAGCUCCAUGCACCUGCACAAUGCAAGUCCCUAAACACAUCAUCAUUUGUCACGGUGCGCCAUGUUCCCAUAAAAAUUUCAUCUCAGACCAGAACUCCAGAGAAGAAGCUCAGAGUAGAGUUGUGUCCUGCUCUUGCAGAGGUGUCUUCUGUGUGCAUCACAGAGGUUAUUAGCCUUCAGUCCGGGCUUGUUGCCUUGGAAUUGUUAAGUAAAGGGUGAGUGUUUGAAGCUCCUUGAUAUAAUGAUCCUUGGCAACUGUGAGACUUCAAAGUAAAUUGGCAAGAGUAAAAAAGCAGCUCCUCCACCACUGAACAAAAUAGAGAAAUCAGCCAACUAUGUUUAAUAGAAUUUUCAUCAGUGCUCAACCAGUCCCUCAAAUGGGUUAUCUAAGAUAAUGGCUGCACGGGUUCAUUACCUCCUUGUCAAAUUAAAUUUCUUUUUCACCUCCAGGGGAAUUGGAUAGUGAUUACAGAUCUAACUUUCAUUUGGUGAAAGGACUGCAAUGAAGGAAACAUUUCGACUUCAUCUGCAGACCUCUUUUUUGUUGUUUUUUUGGCUCAUUCAUUUCACUAAGAGAGACGGUGUUCAGGUUAAGAUCCACCAGAUAGCUGCAAACAUUUUUUUUUAAUUUUUUGUUUCAAGUGAUUUUUAUGCUUUAAAAUCCUGUUUAGAAAUCAUUUUCAAAAGAAAAUCCAGGGCUUAAUGGAUUUCUGUUUAUCGGUUUUUUUACCAAUAAGUAAAGACAUUUGAGCCUUUAUGAAGCAAGAAAAACAAAACACAUCCUUAAAAAUAUGAGUCAGAACAACAGCAGUUUUCAUUUUUACAGUAAAUCUGCAGGAAAGCGUCUCCAGCCCUUUGGCUAAUUUUCCUCAAAAUAAUUAUGCACAAUAACGUACAACAUUUCUUUAACUUGCUCGAGCAGAUACCAUAUUUUCUCCUUUUUCUUUUAUUCAGAGCGUUUGGUUCGAUAACCGUUGCAGGGAUGUGGAGAGAAAUUCAACUAAAAGAACAAAAAAACAGACAGCUUGUAUGGAAACGUUGCUCUUUCAGGUGCUUUCUACAGGUUUAUUGUUGCUUAGACAGCCAAAAAGCAAUAUAAAAGACUAGAGUCAGAGGCAAAAACCUUUACCUUUACUGACAAAAGGAGAGGAAAAGGUUUUUAUUACCCCGCUAGUUCAAAUUGGAGUGAAAAUAAAAGCCGACAUGUUUUGACCGUAGACGGCCGUCAUUAUUGAAGGAGUACAAAGCAAAGUGAACACAGUGGCUUUCUCUCUGGCUGCACCUAAAAAAGCUGCAGAGAACCUCCUCCAAAAAGCAUUUCCCUUUACUCGUCUUAGGGGAAGAAUUACAUCAGGAGGCCCCUCUCAGGGUGUGCAGGAUCCAAAAAAACAGAUGGCUUCAAAGAGAGCGGGAAGCCACCUGUGUGAUGAGUGAACUUUAGUCUUCAAAGUGGAGUGGGUGGAGCCAGCAGUGUCUGGGAGGAAACCUGCACUUUAAAGUUGUUUGAUUGAACAGCGUGGGGCUACUUUGAGGAACCAAAUAUCAUCCAUGUUUCUCAAAAAAUUUAGAAAUGCUAAUCAGGUUAAUGAGGACUUAAAAUGGAGUCAGAUUAAGUUCGUUUGAAUGACCCCACUGGUGCUGCUGUGAUCAGAUUAUGUGACACUCUUGGGAAUGAUGUUUUCUUCAUUAUUUGGUUUUUAAAACCACAAAUCCAUGAGAGUCAGGGUGAAAAAUAUAUUUGAUGGUUUGCAAAUCAUUGAAAGUCUUUAUUUGAUUGAAAAUUGUGCAAAAGCCAUGAGAAAUAUUAUCGGUGCUCAUUUUAAAUUUGAUACUGAAACACAUUUUGAAACAGAUGGGACAGGGACAAAAACAAUAAAAGCUAAAAAAUGAACAAAAAACACCUGGAGGAACAUCUCCUAGCAAGGUAUAAUGAUCUGCAACAGGUUAGUGAGAUGACUGAGCAUAAAAAAAACACUCAAGACUCUCAAGACGGAGGCUCUCAGAAGCAGAGAUGGAAGGAGAUUAGUAGAUCUGCAAUUCCAGGAUAAUGCUCCUGAGUUUGAAAUUACAAAGCAUUUGAUGAUUUCAUCAACCACAGACUGUGAUAUCGCUCAGGGAAUCUGGAGAAAAUUUUGAGAGACAAGGCCUGUUGCACUGCAUUCAAACAGGCAUGUCUCUGUAGUGGAGACCACCACAUGGGCUCAAGGCCUGAGGAUUGUGAAGUGAACUGAGUGGAAAGUUGUGAACUUCAAAAUGUGACUUUUGGUUAGUUGGCCAUGAUGCUUUGUAAGGUUACUGAGUAUCAGUGCUCUGUUUGGUGUCCUACUUGAGCUCUUAACCCAACAUGGAACCAAAGCUGUGGAGUGCGCUGUAGUGUUGUGUCGUUCGCGAACGAUUCGUUCAAAAGAACCAAGUCUUUUAAGUGAACCUACUGAACCGAAUCACUUCCUCGAGUGAUUCGUUCGUUUCUCACAUCAUUUGAGCUGGGACCACAUGCACCGACGCCUGAAUCACUUGGUGAACGAAUCACGCAUUGAUCUACACUCUCUGGACAAAACUACCUUUUUUUCACUGCUAAAUUUCCACCACAACAACUUGCAUACAGUAGGACACAGCAUGUAACAAGUAGUGCAUAAAACCCGCAGCAUGCAAUCAUAGCGGUUUGCGAGAGAACGGUGCAUGUUCAGUGUGAAUUCUCCUAAACGUUCAGUGAACGAAUCACUCACUGACCCAAAUUUACCGAGCAGACCUGAUAAAUAGCAUACCAUAGGACAGUACACUUAAAACAUCAUGACUUAUAAACAAGUUCAUUUUUACAAACCUGUUUGCCAAAGCAACACAGCCAAACACUCCUGUCCUCUGGUCCCAGAAGCUUUGAAUUGAACUGAAUCCUGAACCGUUCAGCCGUGUAUCAGUUCAGGAGGUCAGAGUCGCAGGCUCCUCCCGCUAAAUGAUUCAGUGAUUUGAUGAACAAAUCUUUUUAGUGAACUGAUUCUAGUGAUUCAGUACAUCUAAAAGAACUGCCGUGCCCAUCACUAGGGAGCUGCUGUGAACAGAUAGUAGAAAAUCUUAAAAAAUGGGUCUCAAUAAACGGAAUUAUGGCAGAGGAAAUUGAGUUUUGCACGAUCCAAAUAACAUACAUUUUUUUAGUUUUCAUGAGACUUUAUAUUUGCAAGUAGAUGCUACCUCAAAGGAUCUAACUGCUCAGAUCUUUUGACUGAGUUGACCUCAAAUCCUGCCUAUCCUAUUUUUGCAUUAGAAGAUAUAUGUGUUCACAAACUUCGUUGGGGUGGGGUUCUUGAAUGUGUGUGUGUGUGUGUGUGUGUGUGUGUGUGUGUGUGUGUGUGUGUGUGUGUGUGUGUGUGUGUGUGUGUGCGUGUGUGUGUUAACCUUGAGAUGGUGCUGUUUUAAGUGUGGCUCUGAUGCAUCACUAUGAAAAAUGUGUACUCAGCAACAUCCAGGUGCGCACACUAUUAAUAUAAAGGUGGCAGCUGCAGAGAAAGUGUGCCUACUUUAUCUGUCAGAGUAAAUUUAAAGAUGAAAAUGCUCAGAGAUUGAAUCUUAUUUUCUGUGGAGUGGUUUGUAGAACAAAACAGCAGAAAGGUAAAACAACGGUCAAAGAGGUUGAAACUUAGCUUCACUUUUAUAUUAUGUAGAAAUAAGACCUGAGGACUGUCAAAACCGGAACUGAAGACCUGACAUUUUACAUGUAUGGUCACUUUCUUUUGGACUUCUACACACAUAAACCACAUGAAAAAGUCAAUAUACCUUAAUGACCACUGAAACAGGAUAGAUGGUUUACCCAAUUUCCACAUAUAGUCACUUCUGCUUCUGUUUUAAAUAAGUUGGAGCAGGAUACAGAGGCCACCUCAUCUCCUUCUGUACAGUCUGUAGUAAAAGUUGAGUGAUAUUAAUACAUUUAUCAUCUGUUGCCCCUAAGUGGUAAUAAAGUUUGACUGAGUAUCUGUGUGAAAGCGACACUUGUGACAAGUUUCUCCAGUUUUUGAUUACAAUUCCUCAGGUGACACUUCCACUGUGGAGGCCCACUGAGGAGAUGAUGAGCAGCAGGUUGUCUGCAACUCAGCGUGAAGGUUCCCUCUCUGCAGAUAUCCUGAUUGGCUGAUGUGUGUCUGCGCACGGAGGGAGAGGCCUUCACAGCCAGCUGCAAGACAGCUUCAGCUCCAGCUCUGUUCAAAACAACAGCUUUCCUCGAAGGUAUUGAUGAUUCCUCUCUGCUUCCACAAACAUGAGUCUGAAGUUAAAAUGAGUGAAAAGUGCUGUGCAACUUACAAGUCCAAAUGCGCUUUGCAAAAAUAUGACAGUAUCAUGUCGCAGAAGUAGCACACUGCAUGAAACUGGCAAGGUUUGGGUAUGAAUGAGGAUCUAAAAGUAUUUUAAAUAAGUGAUUUAAUUUCAUAUCGGAUCAUUAAAUCACUUCAAAGCAGUCACAUAUGGGUUUAAAAUGUUGGGCACAUGCUUAAUAGGGAAAGUCAAAUUUAUGAUAAAGGACAGCUUUGUAUCUAUAAACACAAAGCUGUGCCAUCUGCUCUGCUUUCAGUACUGCAAGCAAAGCUGUGCAGAGGAGUGGGAAGCAUGUCUUAUAAAAAAGAAAAUAUAUAAACAUAUCUUCUUUUUUUGCUUUUCGCUUGAUUAAAACCAUGAACCUUUACUUAAAAGUAUUAAUUAAUUAGUAUUCAUCACCAAUCAAAAAAAAAAACAAAAAAAAAACAAGGUAAUCUGGUCACUGACUUUUAAAGCUGCCUAUGAGGAAACUUCAGCUUGUGUUAACUCUGGCGCCCCCCUGUGGACGGAGCAGUCUUUGCUAAGUUUGUCAUUCUUCGGCUUGAGCAGUGACAGUCAAAUGUUUCUUUUUGUCAAAAUUUAAUCAGGAAAAAAAAUAUAUUUAAACUUUGAUUUUUAAUGUCUGACAUUAAAAAUUAAAGUUUAAAACUCUUUUAUUCUUGUCGCUGAUGUUCUCGUUUGCUUUUGGAUAUUCUAACAAGGCAUCAAUUGAAAAACUCUAUUUCAUGAACAUCACAAAACUCCUUAUGAGCUGUCACUUACUAAACAAGAGAGAUCCGUUUUAAUAAAAAUCAACACUGCUGUGGUCCUUACUGAAUUACAAUAUUAAGCAUCUCCUGACAUCCCCCUUGCUCUUCAAUUGAACUCUGAGCAACUUCAGAAAGUAAAAAGACAAUCAAACUUUUCUUUUACAUCGGCUUUAAAUUCAUUGUGGACUCCUUGUGGCAAUUUAAGAGCUGUGGAUUAAAUUGUUUUUCAAUCCCCCAGUGGCAACAUAAACAUCACAAUAAAAAUUGAUCAGAAGAAAAUUGGCAGCAGGUUCUAUUUAGGAGCAAAUAUGAGACAGAAAACAACAGGAUAAAGAGAGGGAAGAACAAGGACUGAAAAUGAUUAUAUAUGGAAAAAAAAACAGCUUUACAGACAAUAACAAAAUGUUUUGCUGCUGAGGGGCUAAUUAAUUUCUCAGCCUCUGUAGGUGGCUUAUCGACAGAAACAUUUUUAAAAGAGUACCGAUGCUUCCAAGUGGAAAAAGUAGAGAGAAGUUUCUGCUCUUAAUUAGCAGGAAAACAGAUUUAAAGAGAUUAUCACCACAAAUUUAAUAUAAUAAGUUUAUCCAUUAUUUAAUGUCUCCACACCUGCUUUCACUGUUUAAACUUUUCCUGAACUUUUUGACUAUUUCAUAUUUUAUGGACUGUGCUCUCACUGUUUCCAGAGCGAGGUGUUUGGAUACUUUACAAAUGUUUAAUUACAUAUAUUGCUGAUGGCUGCUUCAAUAAUUCAAAACUGCACAGUAAAUAUCUGUAAUUUUUCAUUCUUGAACCAGCUUGUAAACCACACCAGUGGAGGACCAAAAACACACACCGUAACAAAGUGUACGAUACUAUUUUUAACAAACAUGCAUUCAUUCAUUUUAUUUAUUUCUAUGUGUUUCCUGAUGAUAAACCAUUCAAGGCUGUUUAAUUUCAAUUUAAAAAAUGUUUUUUAACAGUACCACCUACAAAAGAGGCCAUAAUUGCAGAGAGAGACAAAAUUUCAAAAUAUGAGAAUAUAAAAAACUGUUUUUUUUAUAUAUAUACAGACAAACCAUCAAAAUAUGUCAUUUUUUUAUGCACUAAAAGACAAAUAUCUGAUUGUAACAGGAGGUUAUUCAAUCUCUCACCUCACUCUCUGUCAGUAGCCCUGAACAUUCAGUGUAGCUAGUUCUUUAAAUAGGUUUUCUGAUGUGUUUUUAUUGUCCUGAUAGAAAAUAAAAAUAAUUGUCUGUAAAUAUUCAAAAUGUGAGUGUCAUUGCAUGAGAUAAAGUAGAUCUUAACCCUUUCUGAUACCCCUCAAAUACCACUUUCUGUGCUGUACUGUUUUGUUGUAUAAUUUACAUUGUAUUUAUUCUUAUAUUGUUUUAAUUUCUGAUUGCUUGUUUUGUGUUAAUUUGAUUGAUACAGUAACUGUUAAAAUGACAUUUCCAGUACUAUUGCUUGUUAAGUAAACUACAGAAAGUUAUAUUUCCUUUAGCACAUGUGUUGCUGUCAGAUCUGAACUGUCAGUUCAUUCAUAAAGUAAAGUAAGCUUAGCUGAUAAGGUGUGUUUUGACGGCCUAGAGGCCGGUGCACUGUUAUAUUUGGCUACCUUGCUCAGUCUAUCAAGUCAAUAGCAUUGUCCCUAUAGCACCAUGAUCAGAUACCCCCAACUGGCCAAUCAGGUGUCACAACAGGCCUGCCGUGAUGAGAAUCUCCACGCUCAUUGGAUACUGUCAUUGUGAGUUAACACGGAAGUUAGUGGUGAUUGGUCGCCCGCUUGCCUUUUUCUCUGUACACACCUCUUCACCGUUGGACCAGAAAACGGGCAACAAACACAGGUACAGUGCAGUCUCAAAUAUCAAAUUUAGCUUUAUUUUGACGUUAGGACAGUGCAGUUAAGACUCUUUAAAGUGUCUGUAUGUGAGGCAGCCAUCUGCAAUUGUGAAACAGUAAAAUACUGACCUUUUCAUCAAGUUUUUCUACUUAACUGUCGCUUCGGACGUUGGAUAACUGCGACAUCUGGAUCACUUCUCGUGUUAUAUGCGGUAUUAAAUAGUUACAUAUUUAUAACUAUGCAUAUAUUUCGUAUCAAUAUUCACUUGGUAUCAAUAGAGAUGAGGUUUUGGAGUCAGAGUCUUGUCACCAGAGGUUCAAACCCCAAAGUCCUGUUAUUGAUCAGCACCGUGCCUGUUCAAUUAAAGUAGACCUACCGGCUUUAUGGAGCUAAAAGUGGGAUUAAAACCGCAAAAAAUCCCUGUUACACAGAGUAAAAAAAUAAUUAAUUUUAAAACACCAUGUAUACUGUCUGUAAAGAGCUGUUUGUGUUAUUUAGCUAUACCUAAAAUAUGACUACACUGAUCACUGUUCUUACAGACUAUUGACACAAAUCCUGCAGCUCACUGUUAAAUAUUUAUCUGUUUUUAUGCAUAGAGAAUUGCUUUACAGACGGGUUUAAAUAGUUAAAAGGUUUCUAAAGUGGUCCACAGAUAACAGUCCCAGUGAUUAUAGAGCAGGUCAGCUAAUGGCUGGAUUAUAAAACGCUGGUAUCACAUAGUUUUUGUCUUUUUGUAUGUGAUAAAAUACAACUAAUUGGGAAUAACUACCAGUGAGAAUCAAAACUAGUGAAUUUAUUUUUAUUGCUGGCUCUUUCUGGUGUUGGCACAGUAAAUUAUUAUCAUAAGGGACCUCUGGAUUUCCAUCCAGCUAUCUUUUUCAGUGGAUAUUAGCAGCAGCAGAAAAAAAUUUACACUGUGCCAAUGUGUGAGUGGGAUCCAUUUUAUACAUUCAAAGGUACGUUUAGUGUCAGUGUUGAUUCUGGUUCCAGCCAAAAUGAGUUUGAAUAUAUUGGCAUAUUGGAUAUCAGCAAAAAUCUAAUAUUCGUGCUUUCAUCUAGCAAAGAUAUUUUAGGUGGCAUUGGCUGAUAUUAGUUAUUUUACCAUGCCAGUGAGAUUAAUAAGCUGACCAAUGAACUUUUUAGCAUGGCUUCUGGGAAAUGUUCAGUGUUUUAUCCCUGAUUGAUGUUUUAAUGACUAGUUUCUUUGUCUCCUGACAGAUUCAGUCAUGGAUCUUGUGCUGAAUGUUGCUGACUACUACGUCCUCACUCCGUAUGUGUACCCUGCAUCAUGGGCAGAGGACGGGGCCCUGCGGCAGAUCAUCAGCCUGCUGGUGCUGACAAACCUUGGUGCUGCAGUCCUGUACUUGGGCCUGGGAGCCAUCGCCUACUACUUCAUCUUCGACCACAAUUUGAUGAAACACCCACACUUCUUAGAGGUAUAAAGCCUGGUUCGUAUUUUAUGAUUUGAGCAGCGAUAAAUCGAGCGUGAGCACAGCCAUCUCUGAGUAAUCAAUUGAACUUUGCAUUUACAACCUGUAGAAUAUAAUGCAGCCUAGUUAUGUAAUAAAUAUUGCUCUUCUGGAGAGUGUUAUGGUGUAACAACAGUUAUAAAACACAGCUGCGGUGAAUACUUGGUUGGCUGCAGCAUAUCAUAGUAAAAACAACCAAGUAAGAAAAGAGAGGUUAGAGCAGGAAAUCCUGACCCGGUGAGCAAGACCCCUCAGCAUCAUGUUAGGUGAAGGAGAAACCAAGACGAGUUUAUGUGCCAAUUUUAUUACUGUCAUGAGUUGUUUCAAAUGUCUGAUUAUAAUUUUUUUUCGUUAGAAUCAAGUCCAGAGAGAGAUCAAGUACGCAAUGACGUCUCUUCCCUGGAUCAGCAUCCCAACUGUGGCUCUGUUUUUUGCUGAGGUUCGAGGAUACAGCAAACUGUACGAUAAUGUCAGUGACUCUCCUCUGGGUAAGCUGAAAACUGAACAAACCUGCUUUAAGACGUUUUUCACUCUUGUUGCAUACAUAGUUCGUUGUGUUGAAGACAUACUUGGUGCUUUCAGGUUGGGCUGGACUCUUCCUGAGUAUGAUCUCCUUCCUGUUUUUCACUGACAUGUGUAUCUACUGGAUCCAUCGGUUUCUACAUCAUAAGCGCAUUUAUAAGGUCAGUACAGCUGUGGUUCUGGGUUCAUGUGUUCAUCAUGCUGGACUCUUAGAAAGCUGUGUGUGUUUUUACAACAAAACUUGCUUCAUUUGACAAAAUACAACUACUGAAAUUAGGUAAAUGCAGCUGCAGUUAAGAAUGCAGUUUAAAGUAGCAGUUUGUCCAAUUUUUAAAGCAUAUAGCUAUUAUGUUCUGCAGGUUAUUUUGAAGCUCCUGUGAGAGGUCCUGGUUUUGAAACAGACUAAAAAUCAUGCAAAAAAGUAAGCAUUAGAUGUUUACCUUUGUCAUUUUUUUCUGUGCUGGAUAUUUUAUUGAAUUGAUUAUUUACUGCCUUAAUCCAGACUGAAAUACAACUGUGCUCAUCUUCUCCUUCUCUGUAAAAACAUGGCAGUGCAUGAUGGCAGCCUCCAUGGAAAGAGGAUACUCCUGUCUAGAUAUACAAGGCUCAGUCAGAGUUAACAAAAACAAGUUAUUUUUUCAUCAUACACUCAUCUGAAAAUACUUUCAAAUACUGAAUUAUAUUUAUGAUGAUCAACCAAGUCCAUUCUGUUAAAUGCUGCCAAAAAAUACACACUAUACCUUUGAGAAAUUAGGGUUGAAUCAUUGUUUUCUGACAUUUUAUAGACAAAAUCCAUCUAAUCAUAAACCUAGAAUAUGAUCUGCAGAUUACUGGAGGAUGAAAACUGGUUGUAGCCUUAGUCUCGGGAAUUCAGGAGACAUUAGGAUUUAAAGCUCAUAUGGGGAGUGUUUGAUUUCAAUUUCAAUUUGUGUGGAUGUAUUUUUAUGACAUUGAAAAGCAGAUAAAAUCCUCAGCAGCAAGACUGACAAUUUCUACAUCUUCAUUUCUGAUGCCUGAAAUCGAUGUCAGGGGGUAGGUGUCAGCUGAGCAGCUGCGGAAACAGCCGUGUUAUCAGUUUCCACAUAAAAUAUUCACAUUAAAUGACACAUUUGGUUGUCAGAAGUUACCAGGAGAAGAUUUUCUUUUGUCAACAACUACUAAAGCAUGUAAAUGACAAGAAUAGCAAAGACUACUUUAUGAACAAUGAAUCAAACCUCACAGGAGCUUUAAGUUUGCUUUGUUUUCUGUCAUGGUUUGACUUCUUUCCUUAAUAUUGAAGAUAUUUCAAAAAUUUUAAGAUAACUUGAUCUCUGUGCCUCACUGCUCUUUGAUACCCAUAUAUAUCUAUUCCAGUUUUUCCAUAAACCACAUCACGUGUGGAAGAUCCCCACUCCCUUCGCCAGCCACGCUUUUCAUCCAGUGGACGGCUUCCUUCAGGGGCUCCCGUACCACAUCUACCCUUUCUUCUUCCCCCUCCACAAGGUGCUCUACUUGGCCCUCUACAUUUUCGUCAACAUCUGGACCAUCUCCAUCCAUGACGGAGACUACCGCGUCCCCAGCAGUCUGGAAAGUGUAAUCAAUGGCUCCGCCCACCACACUGACCACCACCUCUUCUUUGACUACAACUACGGACAAUACUUCACUCUGUGGGACCGCCUGGGGGGCUCCUACAGGUACCCCUCUGCUCUGAUGGGGAAGGGUCCUCAUGAUCUGAUCCGGAAACUUCAAGCAGAGGGAAAGUUGGCAGAUGAUGGAGUGAAGUCUAACGGGAAAGUGAACGGACACACUCAGAGAGGGGUCACGUGUAAAGAAGAGUAGGAGUGGUUGACAUUUGACAAUGAUCUCUAUUUUUAUAAGGACAGUAAACUACACAGAUCCACAGCUGGAAAACAGGACUUUUCUUUUAUUUCUUGCUGAAUGAGCUGCUUUGAGAUGUUCAAUAUAAGGGAAUUAGGCGCAGAAAAGAUGGCUUUAUUCAUGUGGCACCCUUUGAAGCAAGCAAGAGAAAUAACAGAAACUCAAGUUAGGAACGGACUGAUAUCCGAAUUCUUGCAGAUGUCAAUCUGACCUCAUCUUUGCAGUGCUAGUAAGAAAUGCACUGUUGGGUGAUUUUUUUUAAUACCUUAUGGAAGAAUUUGGUGCAAAUCAAACUGGACUCAGACCCUAGUAGAACCAGGCUUUCAGAAAUGUUUGAUAUAUGGGAUCAUCUAUUAAAUCUAAAUAAAUCAUUCAUUCGUUUUACGCCAAAAUAAACAGCCAAAAGUUAAGUGGGUUAGCACAGUGGUGGCCCCCAGGCACCAUCUUUCACAUUAAAGAUGAGGAGGAAAAAAAAACAUCUUCUAUGUGUGUGAUUUAAGCAUUUGUCAAAUAGGUUAGGAUUUCAGCCUUCAGUCUGAGCUUGGCCUUAGUGAAUGAAUACAGAGCUGAGAGUGUAUAGGUAUAUAAUGGAGAAAUAUAGUCACUGAGUGAAAGUUUGACUUUGAGACUGGAGAUGUUCAGUAAUUACUUUUUCUGUUUUUUUAAGACGUAUUUCUGGGCAGGAAAGAAGAUGGAUCAGAAAAUGGAAAGAAAAAGCAAGCAUGCCCCCUUUUUCCUCCUUUUUGAUACAGACUCCAGUAUCUUUUUUUUUUUGUUUAUCUGACAUCUGUUGAUGCCUUGACUGAAAUCUAAUAGUUUUAGGCCUAUAUUACCGAACCUCUGUGGCAAUACUUGAGCCACCUUUUCAAGCCACUGUAUAAUUCAGAAAUAAACAUUGCCAAGUUGCUGCUCAAAAACAGUUGAAGCUCAGUGCAGGUUAAAAACGUCUGCAAUUGGUCUUUAAGGCACUCAGCUCCCACCUCCUAUAGGAAUCUUGUGCUUUUUGGUGCAAAGGUUUUAUUUUACUUAAAAAAAUUACUGUACCAGCAGCAUAAUAAAACAAAAAGUUGAAUUAGAAUAGGAGUAAAGUGGUUAAAAGAGAGGUGUGACAAGUGAUGGAGACAUGAUGGGCCUUGUCCUUUAUUAUAUGGGGAAAGAAAGUGUGAUUUAAAGGAUCAAACAUGUCAAAUGGCUUCUCUGUGGUAACUCUAGAUGGCACUUUAUCAUAGCUGUUCCACAAUUUUGUUGUUUCUUAGACUCAUACACUCAAUUCAGACGAGUAGAGAGCGAAAAAAAAGCAGUUUGAUGCAGUGCAAUCUUCCUUUAAGACACUUUAAGUACUUUUAUUUGUCAUUUAAAAAGUUUGCUUUCUCCACUCUGGUGAACGCUGAAUACUUGGCAAGGUGAACCAGUCUAGCUGCACCACAUUUGACCCUUUUUCUGAAACUUUCACAUUAAAACAAUAUAUAAAAGGGGAAAAAGCUUGUGGAAUGCUGGUUUGUAGACUCUUAGAUUGAAGACAGCAAGUCACCAGCAGGGGGCGAGGUGAGAGUCUUUUUGAGUAUGGGUCAUGGACAGUGGGCUCAUCCAAACCUCAUUACCGUCAACCUUUCAACAGGCUGAGCUUAGCUGACAAGGUGGCAAAAACAGGUGGUACCUGAAAGAGCCACACAUCUGCAUCAAAACUGCACAUUGCUUUUUGCAUACAAGUUCGACUCUACAUUUUACAGUCUCUGCUGGUUAUUUCUCUCCAAGAAAAUAAAAACAUUCUUGAAUUUUUUUUUUUUGUUAUUGCCAUAUUUUAAAUUCUACAGACAUCGCUCAGCUAACUCUGCUGUUAAUUAAAGCCCAGAUCUUAAUUACAGAACAAAUGCUGUGCGGUGUAAAAUCGGUGAUCUGGGACAUGCUUGAGUUAAUCUCAUUAACUUCAGCUUUCUAUAGUUUCUUAUCAAGUAAACAAAGUUGUGCAGUGGAUGAACAUGGAUGCUUCAAAAGAGAUGAUAAAAUUAUUUGGUUGCAUUUUAAUUACACGGUUCAUGAUGAUUUUCUCUGUCUUUGGGUGAUUGUUGUGUUAGUUUGGGAAUGAAACAACUUUAACUCCUUUAUAAAGACACAGAAGAGAUAGUUUUGGAUGAUAUAAAAGAUAAUAAAUGUAGAGCUUUUAUGCAUUUGAAAUUUCCCUGCAGUUUGGUUCUUUGUGCAAACAUUUAUCUUGAUUGUUUUAUCAACAGAAAACUAAGGAAAAAGUUUUUCAGGUGAGUUUCACUUGAGUUUAUUUCAAUGAUUUACAAGAUUAUUGUCCAAAACUUUAUUUAUAGUUUUUUGUUUUGCGCACUUCGUUACCUGAGAUAAUAACAGUCAAUCCAAUUGUACUACUUUGGUCUAUGUGCUGUAUAUAUAGAUUAAAAACUACAUUAAAAUAAAGCUUUGAAAGUGUAAAAUUGAGGCAUCAGACAAAAAUAAAUUCAUUUACAAAA